UGAGAGGAAGGAGGGUAGGCACGGGACAGAGAGAAGAGUGAAAACAGAAAAAGAAUCGUGUGCCACUAUGUCUGAAUAUAUCUUCUACUUGUAGAUAAUUACAUCCAAGUUGCCCUUUUGCCUUUUUAUUUCCGUUUUCGGACACCUUUUUUUUUAUCAUCCAGCCAACUGGGAUAGACAAAGCACCGCUGGUGCCCUGAACGACAGAACUCUGGUAGGGGGCUGGCUGUAAAUUGACGUGGCAUGGAAAUUCUCCGCUAAGUUGUAGCCGCUUGCAUGUUUCUCUAAGAUCAAGCCCAGCCUCCUGGAGCUGGAGCUUAAUCAUGGGUUCAAUGACUUUACAGAAAAAUGGAUAGAAAAAUUCUUCAACUCCUUUCUUUGGACCCAGAUGGUUUUUUUUGUUUGUUUGUUUUUGUUUUUGUUUUUUGGGGUUAUCUAUGGUUUAGCUGAAAACAAAAUCAAAGCAGUUAAGUCUGUAACUUUCUUUUUGCAGCUUAAACAACAGAAUUUGCUGCUCUCCCUCCCCUUUCCUGCAAUUUAAUUCCUUACAGAUUUUGCCAUGGGGUGCGGACUUAGAAAGCUAGAAGACCCUGAUGAUAGCAGCCCUGGAAAAAUAUUUUCUACCCUGAAGAGACCGCAAGUGGAAACAAAGACAGAAUUUGCUUACGAAUAUGUAUUGCUGGAUUUUACUCUACAAGCUUCAUCAAACCCAGAAGUCAUCAAGAUAAAUUCAAUUCUGGAUAUAGUAACAAAAGUGGAAGACUAUUAUCUUAAAGGAUAUAUUGUUGGGGCUAUUCAUCCUGUUAUACAACCUGUGGGGCAACGAAAACAUCUACCUGCAAGUUACCUGUAUAGAGUGGUGCUAUCGCGCUUGAAAUUAAGCCCAAAGAAUUCGGCAGCACCCAGUGGACAAAGACGCCCAAGGCUUGUGAUUGAGGAAUGUCUCCUAACUUCUGAGGCACAAACAAAUGACGCAGCAAAAGAACUGAUAGAAAAGAUUAAUGUCGCUGCUAAAAGAGGAAUGAAAUUUGUUGGAUUCAUAUCACAGCAUUAUUCUCCAUCUAAAUUCUGCAAUGGAACCAACCAUGAUGGAGAUAUAGAAUCGAUGCUACAUGUGAGACACGGUUCAGAUGAAAACUGUAGAAGUUGGAAUGAAGGGACAUUAAGUGGGCAAUCAUCUGAAAGUGGAAUUGAGGAAGAACUUCAUCAUGAAAGUGGACAGUAUCAAAUGGAACAAAAUGGCAGCCCUAGUUCCUCUAAAUCAAGAAAGGGAGAAGCCUCAGACAACAAAUUGUACACAGUCUUCAAUGCUUUUGAUGAUGAUUCAACCUCCUGGACCUAUCAGGAAGGCAUCCUGUCAAUGAAAGUAACAAGAAAAGGAUCAGUCAUUAGUACACUUGAUGCUGAUUGGCUGGAGUUAACUACCUUUUAUUAUAAACAAGGCUUGUCUUUAAUUGAUUCUUUUGUAUUCUGGGAAACAUCUAAAGGGGAACAUUUGCCUAAAUCUUUGGAAGGAUUUUUUAUCUAUGAAGAAGAAGGUUCUGGAGUUCCAGGUUCUAGUAGGAAAGGAAAUGAUGCCAUCGUAGUAGAACAAUGGACUGUUAUUGAGGGAUGUGAAAUCAAAACAGAUUAUGGCCCCCUGCUGCACACUCUAGCUGAAUUCGGAUGGCUUCUGACAAGCGUGUUGCCCACACCUCUAUUGAGACAUGACAGUGAAGGGAAUUUGGCUACAAAGCAGAUCGUAUUCCUUCAGAGGCCGGUUAUGUGGAAUUCAGCUGCUCAAACACCAGAUAAGAAAGCCAGCCGCCACAUAAAAGGUGAAGACAAGAACAAAGCCACUAGUAGGAGCAUCGGAUUAGACACAACCACGUCACAACCUGCAGAGAGCAGACACCCGCCUGAGGAGUGCCGCCUUUCUCCCUCCCAGGAAUGCUGGACAAAGGAGGGAAGGCUGGCACAGCACAACAGCUUCUCUGGGUUCAGCAGCAGUGACAGCGUCCUCCGGGAAUUAGACGACGGACAGUUUGAUCAGGAAGAUGGAGUGACUCAGGUCACUUGUAUGUGAGCCAUGAGGUGAAGCAAAGGAAGGCCCUGUAAAUAAUUGUUAAAAUCAUUGCCAACUGACCUUAUUGUAUUACUUUCUCUGCAUUUAUGUAAUAUUUUUGAAUUUCUCAAGACUCAGCCUUUCCUCGAAUCUAUGUAAACUUUGGCACAACCUCCCAGACAAAGAAGAAUAACCAACAUAUUUAUACAUUUAGAAUCAUGUUUACACUUCUCUCAACUAAAACAUCUGGUUAAACAGAUGUUCCAUUCGGUUAUUACACAAUAAUCUAUUUCAGCUUCUCAUGAAUGUACAAAGUAGACUUUCUUACAAUUCCUGGUAAGGAGACUGAAUAUCUCAAUCAGUAUUUUACCUAAUUAGAGAGCGUUCUCAGGAAGUUACAGUCUUAUUUAAGCUGAAAAAUAAUCUCUCUCUCUCUUUCUUUUUUUCCUCUCUCUCUCAUACACACACACAGCUAAUUAGUGAAAAUAAACAUCUAUUUCCAAAAUAUAAUAAUUAAUCCACAUUUUGUCUUUAACUAUAGCAUGUAUAUACAAAGCAAGCCCCUAUGUGUUAAAAUAUUUUUUGAAAAAAAUCUUUUUUAUAUAUCUUUGCUUUUAAAGGGUCACCAUGUCACCAACCCUGUACUGAUCCAUUGCACAUAAAUAUUGUUGCUCCUAAAAGCCUAAAAAUGCAGACAGCAAAGCAGCAUCUCUUAAAAUUCAAUAUGAAAAGAACCCAUAAUCUCAAUACAUAAAUACCUUAGUAGAGAAUAAGAUUUAAUUUUUUUUAUUUUAAAGUCCAAAUACUAUGAAGAGAAAAAACAUCAACUUCAAGUUGAAACUGAAGUCUUUUACAUCUGUCUAGAUUUGAAUUAUGCUUUUAUUUUGACUUGCUAAAUCCUGAAGAAUGUUGAAACCUAGAAUUUUCAGUCCAGCAGGAGUAGAAAGUUGCUCAUAGCACAUGCGAUGUGUAUGAUAACCUAUUUUGUUUCAUCUUGCUUUUCUUUCUCCAUCUAACAGAGGUGGCUUUGCCCUGACCCAGUCUUUAACAAUCUUUAAAAUUCUACAAAAUAGAGGAUUUUCAUUUAUCUAUGAAAGGCUUACUUUGAAAGCUGGAACCUUCAAGUGAAUUACAGCUUACUCUAUCACUGAUGAAUUCAGCCUAUUAUAUAUUUUUAUUAACAUUGAUGUUGACAUUGUAAGAUCAUUUUAAUAAUAAAACAUCAUUUUUA